GCCGUCAUAGUCGUAAAAGCGCAGGAUUCGUCUUCCUUUCAGCACAUGGCAGUACAUUUGAAAUCAAAUAUGGAAGACCUACGGUCCGUUUUUAAUAAGUAUGCCAGUGUUAGCAAAAAUGGUCAAAUGUAUAUGACUCCGAAAGAUUUCGCUGUCAAAUAUCUACGUUUAUUCAAUGAGGAAAAUUACAAUGUAUCAUCAGUUAAUUGUAUUGCUAGUGCUGCCGACACCACAAAAGAUGGAUUGAUUUCUUUCGAAGAAUUUCUUGCAUUUGAAGCUCUUCUGUGCACAUGCGACUCUUUAUAUUCGUGGACAUUCGAACUGUUCAAUCGAGACGGUCUCGGGGUCAUAUCAUUCGACAAUUUUAAGAAAACACUCGAUUUGACAUCGAUGAAUAAAGAUUUUAGCUUUAAUUUCGAUUGUGAUUUCAUCAACCUGCAUUUUUCCAAGGAUAGAUCACGUAAAAUUCAUUACGAUGAAUUUACGCAAAUAAUUCAUGAUUUCAAUAAUGAGCAUGCUAUCCAAGCCUUUAAACAAAUGGAUCAAGAUAAAACUGGAACGAUUACAGUUGAUCAGUUUAAAAAUAUUAUUUUGCAGUUGAAAAGUCAUUUAUUGACUCCUUUAAUUAGAGAAAAUUUACUCACAGUUGUCUUACAAGGCGAAAUGAAUGGUGGUCGUAUUACCUUUGCUUAUUAUAUGGCUUUCAUUACAAUCUUGACUAAUAUGGAAUUAGUUAAAAAAGUGUAUCUAAGUCGAACAAAUGGGAAUGCUAAAGUAGAAUUAACUAAAGAGGAAAUGUUGAAUGAAGCACAACAUUUCUCUCAAAUCACACCAAUGGAAAUGAGUAUCCUAUUUCAACUCAUUUCACUUCUUCGGAAAGAUGGACGCGUUACUUAUCAAGAUUUAUGUGCUAUUACCCCCGUGGAAGACAAUUCUAUGUCACACCAUAUGCAGGCUCGACUUCAGGGAAAUUCUGGAAAUAAUAUAAAUGUACCUCGUGGAAGAAGUGUUUUAAUGUCCAUACUUGAACAAUGUUAUCGGUUCACUUUAGGCUCAAUUGCGGGUGCAUUUGGAGCUACUGCCGUCUAUCCAAUCGAUCUUGUUAAGACAAGAAUGCAAAAUCAACGUGCUACUGGAUCAACUAUGGGUGAACGUAUGUAUAAAAAUAGCUGGGAUUGUUUUCGUAAAGUUAUUCGAUUUGAAGGUUUUUUCGGUCUGUACCGAGGUUUAGGACCACAGAUAUUAGGUGUUGCACCAGAAAAAGCAAUUAAACUUACUGUCAAUGAUUUAGUUCGUGAUCAAUUUACAAAACCGAAUGGUGAUAUUUCAAUAUAUGCAGAAAUAUUAUCUGGAGGUUGUGCAGGAGCAAGUCAAGUAAUUUUUACUAAUCCUUUGGAAAUUGUAAAAAUACGACUUCAAGUUGCUGGAGAAAUCGCUAAUACAAGGCGUCUAUCAUCCUUCUCAGUUGUCAAAGAUUUAGGACUUUUCGGGCUUUACAAAGGAUCACGAGCUUGUUUUUUACGUGAUAUCCCUUUUUCAGCUAUAUAUUUUACUUCAUAUAGCCAUUUAAAAAAGUAUUUUGCAAAUGAAAAUGGUUGUAACUCAUCAACAAGCUUACUAAUGGCUGCAACAAUUUCUGGAGUUCCUGCAGCAUUUUUAGCCACACCAGCGGAUGUAAUCAAGACAAGAUUACAGGUUGUAGCGCGUACAGGUCAAACAACAUAUACAGGAGUAAUUGAUGCGGCUAGAAAAAUUUGGCGUGAAGAAGGUGGUCGGGCAUUCUGGAAGGGAUCUGCUGCCCGUGUAUUUCGAUCUAGUCCACAAUUCGGAGUGACACUUUUAUCAUAUGAAACACUUCAAAGAUAUCUCAACUUUGAUUUUGGUGGAAGAGAACUCUCUGGUAAACCAAUUAAUCGUCAUACUUCAGUAUUUCCAACUAAUCCUGAUCAUAUUGGCGGUUAUCAAUAUGCAACAACCACAUUUUGUGGUAUUGAAUCACGUUUAGGAUUAUGCUUUCCAAAAUAUGCAUUGAAUUAAAAUGAUUUGUUUUGUUAAUUUGUGCGCCUUCAUAAUUCAAUCUCGGUUGGAAACAUAUUAUUUCUAUUGAAUUUCUUUUUUCUUUUUUUAUCUAACGUGACAAUAAUGAUGAGUCCUUUUUGUAAACUGUAUUUUAUUACAACUCUCAGGUGAACUAGGUUUUGCAUAGAAAGCAUAUUCUAUAAAGGUAUUAGAUUGGCUUAUGAUAAGCAAACUAUCCAUAUUUAUAUACAUAUACACAACCUUUAACGUAAUAUUUGAUUAAUAUUUCUUCUGUUCAUAAAUGUUGUAAUGAAUGUCAAAAAUAUAGGAUAUAUUCACAUUUGUUCACCUUGUUCUCUUUCUAUCCUUAACUUGCUUUUUUUUCUGUAUUCACUAUAGACAUCAUAAGACUACAAUUGAAAGGUUCACUUUGUCUACGUUAUUAUGUUUUUUGUCAUAUCUAUGAAUAAAGUAUUCUGUUAUUUUGCGUUCUCUAGCACUAUGGUGUUUAUUAUUCUUUUUUUUCUGUUUUAUUACAUAAAUAUCUUCCAAUCCAAGGUUUAACAGAAUAUUACCAGUGGUCAUUUCGCUAAUUUAUGGUGUUAUUUUAUUCCAUCUCAUUUCAUUAAUAUACCUUUUAAUUGUACAAUCAACAGUAUAUUAAUAUUUCUGUUACCUCUCCUGGAUUAUUACUGAUACUGUCACAUCAUCCGAUAUUUUUCAAGGGUAAUGACAUCUAACAUAACUUAAGAUUAUUGUUUUCAAAUUUCACACAAUUUUAUUUUAUAAUAAUUACGAACAAGUAUUUCCCAGAAGACGUAACGACUACAAUUGUACGUACUAUUUCCUUACUGUUGUACUUUAUUUUUCUGCAUAAAAUAUUUAAAUAAUGGUGUAACGUGUUUUCAUUUGGAUUGUUUUAAUUCUUUCUACCAUAGUUACCUAAACUGUUGUACUUUGUGUCACAUGCUUGUAUUAUGACCAUACGCUUAUCUGAAUAUUUACGAGGGGGAGUACCAUACAACCACAACAUCUUCAACGUAAAUUGAAAUUAUUAGUGACAUGAGCACUUAAGUAAUCUUGUAAAAUAAGCACCUACUCUUAACUAGUAAUGCAACUAUCUACAUAGUAUUAAUCAUUAAAUCGGAAACUGAAUUUGCAAUAAACAAGUAUUCUAACAUUUAUAUCCAAUCCAAUUUCAAAUUAUCAAUCAUUUGAUGACCUGUACCAGCCAGUUGGAAUAGCCAACCCAACUCUAAACGUAUCAUUAUGGUAGGGGGGGAUAUAAUUAGAUUUUAAUUUAAGAACGUUGUUAAAUAAUAAGACACCAUCCAACAACAUUUUCAUUGUAUCUCUUUUCUAAGUGUUAUGCACUUCUUAAUAUAUUGUUCAUGUAACACAUUAUAUUAAAUUUAUUAGAAUAAUU